AUGAACAACUCGGAGAACAAGAGAGACGGCUCGCCGCUCAAACCCCUCAGCAAGACGCCCGUCUGCAGCCCGGCUCACCGCGCCUUCCCCAGGCCGGAGCCCCUCUCCUCCCCGACGCAGGAUGCCCAGAAGCCCGCGGCUAACGGGGUGCCAGUGAAGAUGGAGCCCAGCAGGGAGGAGGAGGAGGAGGAGGAGGAGGGAAAGGAGGAGAGCCAGACCAGACCCCUGAACGGCUCCAGGACGGAGGGCGGAGAGCUGGUGAACGGAGACGCGGGACCCUCGCACGCAGACGGAGCCGAGGCCGAGGGCCACGACCAGAGCGAGGACACGGGGACUAAAACAGAAACCGAGCAGAGGGGGGAGGAAGGGAGCGCCGACCACAAGGAGACGAAUGAACAGAAGCUGUUUAAAAUCGCCAGCGAGCUCCUGCACACAGAGAAGGCCUACGUUACUCGGCUGAACCUCCUGGACCAGGUGAGGAACUCACCUGGACACCUUGUCCGGCUCCUGUUGGACGGGAAAAAGGAAAGGAGACUCCGUUUAACCCGAUCUGACGCGUGUGUCCAGGUGUUCUGUGCUAAGCUCAUGGAGGAGGCCAACAAAGGGACCUUCCCGGUGGACGUGGUGAAGAACAUCUUCUCCAACAUCUCGUCCAUCAACGCUUUUCACGGCCAGUUUCUGCUCCCGGACCUGGAGAAGCGGAUGGGGGAAUGGGCGUCCACUCCUCGAAUCGGUGACAUCCUGCAAAAACUCACACCUUUCCUCAAAAUGUACGCCGAGUAUGUGAAGAACUUCGACAAGGCCAUGGAGCUGCUCAAGCAGUGGACGGACCGCUCGCCUCAGUUCAAAGCCAUAAUCCAGGAGAUACAGAGUCAGGAGGUGUGCGGCUCCCUGACGCUGCAGCACCACAUGCUGGAGCCGGUGCAGAGGGUCCCCCGAUACGAGAUGCUGCUCAAAGACUACCUGAAGAAGCUGCCCCAGGACGACCCCGACAGGAGGGACGCAGAGAAAUCAUUAGAGAUUAUCGGCACAGCAGCGACUCACUCCAACAGCGCCAUCAGGAAAUCCGAGAACCUGAAGAAACUGAUGGAGAUAUACGAGAUGCUGGGUGAGGAGGAGGACAUCGUUCAUCCCUCCAACGAGUUCAUCAAACAGGGCCACAUCCUCAAGCUGGCGGCCAGGAACACCUCGGCGAUGGAGAGGUACCUUUUCCUGCUAUGCGUGGAAUGGGUCCCGUCUGUGCGAUUCGCAAUACCCGAGAUGUUCAACAACAUGCUGUUAUACUGCGUUCCAAAAUUCAGCCUGGGAGGACCCAAGUACACGGUGAGAACGCGAAUAGGGAUCGACGGCAUGAAGGUCCUAGAGACGACCAACGAGGACUACCCUCACACCUUCCAAGUGUCGGGCAAGGAGAGGACGCUGGAACUCCAGGCCAGCUCAGAGCAGGACAAGGCAGACUGGAUUAAGACGCGCUCCCUUUUCACGCUGCUCUCGAUCCCGUCUCAGGCUUUCCAGCAGACCAUAGAGAUCUUCCAGCAGAAGAACGAGUCCUUCAAGAACGCCCAGAAGGACGUGGAGGAAGUGUCGAAAGCUGAGCUGGGGAAGCGGGCUCCUCGUUGGAUCCGCGACAAUGAAGUGACCAUGUGCAUGAAGUGUAAGGAGCCGUUCAACGCGCUGACGCGGCGCAGGCACCACUGCAGAGCCUGCGGCUACGUGGUGUGCUACAAGUGCUCGGACAACAAGGCUCCGCUGGAGUACGACGGCAACAAGAUGAACAAAGUGUGCCGGGACUGCUUCUCCAUCCUGACGGGAGAAGCCAUCGAGGCGGGCCAGUUCACGGACAGCAGCAUCAUGUGCGGCUUCCUGCAGUACUCGGAGAAAAGCAAGCUGUGGCAGCGGGUCUGGUGCGUCAUCCCCGAGAAGGAGUGCCUGGUGCUCUACCUCUACGGAGCCCCGCAGGACGUGAAGGCCCUGUGCAGCAUCCCCCUGCUGGGCUACUCGGUGGAGGACAGCGCGCGGCCCGCAGACCCCCCCGCCUCCUUCCGCCUCGCCCAGUCCAAGUCCGUGCACAACUUUGCCGCCGAGAACGAGGAGCUCAAGCAGCGCUGGCUCCAGGUGAUCCGGGUGGCCGUGAGGGGGGAGAUGCCCGAGCGGCCUCCGGCCAACGGCGCCAUGGCGACGGACAACAACAACACCACAACAACGCAGGAAGCCGGUUCGGACAGCACGUAA